UGCUCCCCAGCCUGCCAAGCUGGAUGUGUCUGCAUGAAAGGAUUCUGUCGCAACAAAACGGGUCCAUGUUAUGUACCUACUUGUGUGCCUAUUGGGGACUGUCUAGGGAAGAAUCAAGAGUGGUCGGAUUGUGGAUCGGCUUGUCCAAAGAGAUGUGAGCAGAAGGAACCGAUGGCUUGCAUAGAGGUAUGUCGUGAGGGAUGUUUCUGCAAAAAAGGAUUCUGUCUUGACAAAUUGGGACAAUGUGUUGCAGAUAAAACUUCCAUCCUUCCAGCUCCAGCCAACACCACCUGUGGGAAAAACGAGGAGCACAACACGUGCCACAACCCAUGCACCGAGAAAAAGUGUCCCCAGAAGAAUGCUCCAUUGGUGAACUGUUUGAUGGCUUGUAUGGAUGGAUGCUCGUGUAAGAGUGGCUUUUUGAGAAACAUGCAAGGAGAAUGUGUCAAGGAGGCCGAGUGCCCAGCUGUUGCUCCUGUCGAUGAGAACCCAUGCAACCUUGCCGAGUGUGCCGCUGGACACAAAUGUGUCCCGAAGAAUGGAGAGGCCACGUGUAUUCCAGUUAACCCACACCUCUGUUCCACUGUCCUGUGCGCACCCCCAACCCAGUGUCAAGUUGUCAACUCACGUGCGCGUUGUGUGAAAGGUACCAAAACACUUCCGCGAAGCUCGAAAAAUGCAAUUUUAGUACCAGAAGAUCCACCAGCAUCGAUCACCUGCGCCAAUGUCAGAUGCGCCGGGCGUGGAGGAUGUUUGAUGGUUGAGCCAGCCGGAUGCAUUGGGUGCAAGCAAGGACCACAGUGUCUAGCUGAUCCAUCCUGCGACAACACCAAAUGCAAGUCCUCCCACGAAUGCGUCAUGGUACAAAACACUUGUGUCAAAGCCCCUUGCCUUCCAACCCCAGAAUGCCGCCCAAAAAAGCUCAUCCAGCCCUUCCCAGUCCGUGAGCCAAGGCAAGUCCAAGACGGAACCUGCAUGACCGUCAGAUGUGGAACAUCUGGAGGAUGCGCUCUGACUCGCCCAAUGAGUUGUGACACCCUCAAGCCAGAUGGAAAGUGUCCACUUCGUGCCGGAUGUGUUGAAGAGAAUCCAUGCGCCGCUACUAGCUGCUUGGUUGGUACUCAAUGUGUACUUCAUGAGGUUCAAUGCAUUCGUGCACCAUGUCCACCAAUUGCUCAGUGCGAGCCGUUGAAUGAUGCACCGGCUCCAGGAGAUAAGAGAUGUCCAGGAAAGAAUCAGAAGUGGGUGCAGUGUAAGACAGCUUGCUCCGAUGUGAAUUGCAAUGAGGAACCGCGCAUGUGUGCCCAAGUGUGCCGUUCUGGAGGAUGUGUCUGCCAGGAAGGCUUCUUCCGCAACAAGCGUGGACAAUGUGUCACACAGAACGAUUGUGACGCUCAGAAAGGAAACAUUUAUUGA